CGAAUGUACAAAUUCGUCCUAUACGAGACAAACGCCCGUUACUGGAUUACUGGGGGUGACAUUACGGACAAGUACUUCAGGCUGCUCCGCAUUGACCGCACUUCGCCACCAGGACAGAUCAUGCUCUUUGAGGAUGAGACGGUGUACGAUCGGAAACAAAUGAAUCAAGUGCUUGCCAGCAUCGACCAGGGCAAUCGUGCUACAGGAGGCCUACGAAUGAAGUACACUUUCUGGGGUCUGCUUGGCUUCAUCAGGUUCACGGAGGCGUACUACAUGCAGGUGAUCACGAAGCGACAGCAAGUGGCAACACUCGGGGGUCACUAUGUCUACCAAAUUGAAGGGACCGAGUUGGUACCAUUGACGACAGGUGCUAGUAGCCGCUUUAUGCGUGACCGUAACCCAGAAGAGCUGCGCUUCCUGGGCAUCUUGAGCAACUUAGAUCUGAACAAGUCUUUCUACUUUAGCUACGCAUACGACAUCACGCACUCGCUUCAGCAGAACAUCAUCAGACAACGGCAAGCGGUCAAUGAGGGACUUCACGCCGCUGCUCCAGACUUCAACGCCAUGUACGUCUGGAACCAUCACCUGCUCAAGCCAGCACAGUCUGCGUUGAAGCAUCCGUUCGACUGGUGCUUGCCGAUCAUACACGGUUUCAUCGACCAAUCGUGCUUGGACAUCUUCGGUCGCAGCGUGUACAUUACUAUCAUCGGGAGACGCUCGCGCUUUUUCGCCGGCGCACGUUUCCUGAAGCGCGGCGUAAACGAUGUCGGCUACGUGGCGAAUGAUGUCGAGACGGAGCAGAUCGUGGCCGAGAAGCUCACGACGUCUUUCCACGCGCCUGGCCCAAGACUCUACUCGAGUCCUACUUACACCUCCUACCUACAUCAUCGCGGCAGCAUACCUCUGUAUUGGACUCAGGAAAACAGCGGUGUCACGCCUAAGCCGGACAUCGAUCUCAGUCUCAACGAUCCGUUCUACCAGUCCGCUGCCCUCCACUUCGAUAACCUUUUUGAGCGCUAUGGCUGCCCGAUCUUCGUACUCAACCUGAUCAAGGCAAGAGAGCGCACACCAAGAGAAUCCAAGCUUCUUGGGGAGUUCGAGACUUGCGUACAGUAUCUGAACCUGUCUCUGCCUGCGGAUAAGCAGAUCGCUUAUAAGGCUUUCGACAUGAGCAGAGCAUCCAAAACUCGCGGCGGCGACGUCAUUGGCUCGCUUGAGGUGAUUGCGGAUGACGUUCUCAACAAGACCGGCUUCUUCCACAACGGCGGAAACAGCUCAGACGAUGCUCAAGUGCAGAACGGGGUUGCAAGAACGAACUGCAUUGACUGCCUCGACCGAACGAACGCUGCUCAGUUUGUGAUUGGCAAGCGAGCUUUCGCACUGCAGCUACGAGCGCUGGGCGUAUUUGACAAGGAAGACGUCGACUAUGACACGGACGCGGUCAACGUGUUCACGCACAUGUUCCACAACCAUGGCGAUACCAUUGCCGUGCAAUACGGUGGAUCACAUCUCGUAAACACCAUGGCUACCUACCGCAAGUUGAAUCAUUGGCAGAGUCAGUCGCGCGAUAUGGUCGAAAGCUUUAAGCGGUACUACCACAACUCCUUCCUUGACAGUCAGCGGCAGGAAGCGUACAAUCUGUUUCUGGGUAACUACAUCUGGGCGCAGGGACAGCCAAUGCUGUGGGAUCUGACGACGGAUUACUACUUACAUCACAGCGACCCCAAGGCGUGGCUUGAUCGCAAUAGGCGAAGCUACAUCUACUGGUACACUCCAGAGUUCCUCGAACCGCGGCGACUGCCGCCGGAGCCCGAAUUGACUCACCACCGGGACAUUCAUGAGGAAGAGGUGGCGGAGUACGACGACUACUGGCUCGAGUGCUACCGACCAGCCGCUCUGUCGACGCUGUGGAAGGUGUACUCCUACCGCGUGAACACCGACAACCGCUACCUGCCGGAUCGACCGCAUCCGCGAGACAACAGGUAUGAUUUCAGUCCAUUCAUACCAAGGCUCGAUCCGCAUAGGCCUACCCCUGAAUCCCCCGAGAAGAAGCCAGCUCCACGGAAGGGUGUCAAGAUUGUGGAUCCGCAGGACGAGCGUCCAAACACUCCGUUGCCGCCGAGUGAGGAUGGGCCGCGGCCGGUACCGAUCGAAGACAAGCCCGGCAUAUUGAAAGAACCAGACAGGACCGCUAGGCCCAUUGAGCAGAGCGAUAAGCAAGCGCGGUUGGCAGACAAAGCGCAGAUGCACUUGUUGUCGUUGAAUCAGAUCCACGCUCAAGCGCUCGAUCCUACGGUCUCGGAGAAGACCGCGCAAGAGUACAAGAAGUACAUGUUGCAUCCGCUUAACCUGCCGCUUGUCGUAUCGACCGACUUACCUCCGGAUGCGUAUAUCGACUACGUGGAGUACGUGCACAAAGCAGGCGCCAGUGAGUUUGACGAUGACGACCAGGAUGAGUCGUUUGGAGCGGGGAUUAGCGAGCAAGAUUUACAGCAUUUCUGGGAGUUCUUGGGGGAAAGAGAAGAUCCGCUGAAUGUGAGCGAGGAGGAUCUUAGCAAGAAGAGGUAUAAGGCGUACCGGCAGUGGUUGAGGGGAAAGAGUCUGUUUAAGCAGAGCAAAGUUGAUCCGGAAUGGAGG